UCGAGCUUCGCCGUGGAGCCGUGGCCCCCAAUUUCCGUCGCUCGGCGUCCUCCACACGAAGGCUAAUGGCGACCGCCAUGCGGAGCACCACCUUCCUGCGACUCGGCUUCCGCCAGGUCUCCUCCCUCCUGUUCCAUGGCCCCUCGUCGCCUGCCCCCACCGUGGGUCUCGCCCUCGGCGUGGGCCGGGGCGCGCUGGUCCGCCUCCGGUGCUCGGCGGCUGAGGCCGGCGACGACGGGGGCAGGAAGGUGUCGGCGCGCCUGGCGCUGACCCAGCAGGUGCUUCGCGACGCCGAGGAGCGCGCCGCUUCGGCCGGCUCCGACCCCGCCCCCAAGAUCACUUUGGAUCAUGUUACUCUUAACUUUGCAAGAAGUGGGGGGGCUGGUGGUCAGAAUGUCAAUAAAGUUAACACAAAGGUCGACAUGCGGUUCAAUGUAAAAGAGGCUCAGUGGCUUGGUGAGAGAAUCAAAGAACGGAUAUUACAAACGGAAAAGAACCGGAUAAAUAAAGAUGGGGAGCUUGUGAUAUCUUCUACAAAAACUAGGACACAAAAGGGAAACAUUGAAGAUGCUUUGCAGAAAAUACAGGCAAUCAUUGAUGCUGCAUCCUAUGUACCUCCACCCCCUUCAGAAGAGCAAAAGAAGAAGGUUGAAAAAAUUGCUGCAGCCGCUGAAAGGAAGAGACUUCAGAAGAAGAAAGUGCUUUCGCAGAAAAAGGAAUUUAGGAGGAACAGGACUAGCUGGGAUUGACUGCAAGUUAUUUUGCUUAAAAUCAUACCUGUAUUUCGUGCCCUUUUGAGGUGAUCAAGCUUCCCGCAUGUAACUCAGGUUCUGACAACUAGUAUUUGCUCCGCGUGGUUCUUGAGCGUGGAGAUAGGGCUCACCUGAUCCUUGUGGCAGUAAAUAUCCAUGCGCGACAGGAACAAGUUCCAAACCGGUGAAGACGUAUUGGUGAAUAUGGCGAGUUUCAGAGCCAGUUUUUGCUCCAUCAAUUGGAAGGUAGCAUCUGACGGGAAAACACUGCCUUUUGUCCUAAAAUGCACUGUUUGUCAGUGGUCCUGAUCCCUGAACUUAUCACAUGCAUCACAUGCUACUGUAACAAUCAUUCACCCAAUUAUAAAGUGUUUGCGUGCCUGUGCUAAACAUUGAUGAA